AUGCUUAACGAAGUUCAUUGGAAUGAAGUCGUAAACCGUUCUUUUUGUGUCACUGGAAUCAAGCUUAACCUGUGCCAAGACCUUCGUUCCCGCAUUUCCGAGCCCAAUGCCAGCUUCACUAUGCAAGACGAAGACUAUUUGCACUUUAUGAGACCAAGAGACAUUAUCGAUACCAUGUGGUCUUAA